CUCGGCUGACUGGGCUGGGGAUGGAACUCAUGCUGCAGAGGCUGUGGAUUGCUUCAUAGUGCAGUGCUUAACCCCUUGCACCACCAGGGAGGCCCUGAAUAUGCACACCUUGAAAAUAGUAUGCGGAGCCCUGGAAUAUUAAAAAUGUGUUUCUAAGUUGACAUGAAUGGGCCGCAGAGGAGAGUUUGUUUGCGGGAGAGCGGUUGUGCAUGUGCUCUCGUGACCCCUCAUGGGGCUGGACGGACCGUGCGGGUCAGAGGUCCUGGGCAGGUGGAAACUUGUCCCGAAGCAUAAUGUGGAAGACAGUCUUUCUAAUUGAAAAUUAUUUAGCAAGGUGACCUACUGAUUGUGAAAAGAAAAACCUGAGAGCUCUUCAUUUCCUCCAGCUUCCCAGGUGGUAACCACUGUUGACAGUUGUGUGUGUUUAUCCUCUGAGUGCACACAUCCAUGUGACCCCUUGUGGCUAGGUUUUUAGGGGGAAAAAGGGAUCAUGCUAUUUUCUUAAACUGCAAAUUGCAUUGUAAAAUACGUCAUGAGUGUUUUUCCAUGUUAGUCUACACAAAUCUACCACAUUUUUAAUGCGUUAAAAAUAAGUUUAGGAAGAUACACAAGUGUGUGAAGAAGAAAACAAAAAUAGCUCUUAAUCCCAUGGCCCCGGUAUUCCCAGUAGACUUAAAUAAGAACCUGGAAAAUCGAAGCUGUGUUGAAGGGCAGGAGCUCUUCCCCAGCCUCUCUGAAAGGAAACCACUACCAGAAGUUUCUUGUGAUCCUUUCCAGAAAAAGACUGUGCACAUCGUACACACACACCCACACCCUUACUCUUGUUAAAGCACGAUGCCCUGUCACCAAGCAAACCUCCUCGCCUGGGUUACAGCACCUGCUUAAGCCACUGCAGAGGCUACUUUGUAGAUAUUCCUGACUGUAGCCACUUUUUAUUGGGUAUUUGGGAUAUUUCUAAUUUCUGGAUAUUGCACAGGUUGGGUAAAAUUCUGCCAGGUUUCUCUUUAACAACAUAAUUUGUAUGUACUUGUAUGUUUCUGUACCGCCAACUCUUCCAGUUGAGUGGCACUUUGGUAAGAAGUCUGCUAAACUCCUCUUCCAACAAGUUUUGUGUCAAUUUAGAUGCAGCAGCAUAUAGUAUUCUGAACGGUGGCCUUUUGUAAAGGAAUAACCUUUUGGGGUCACUACAAGGUGAUUGUUUCCCAAAUCUGUGCAGUCCUUGUGGGAGGCCGGCUAUAGUAUGAAAGGCUCGUGGGGUUUGCUAGGUGGGACUGUCAUCUCAGCAGUGCUGGAUGGGCCUCCCGUUACGUGACAGCCGCGUGGGGACCAGAGGGGUUGUAGAGAGGCCCAGCCAGCCAGGUCUGAGUUGGAUUUUCAGCAUCAACUAAAAUGAUGCUGAAACCUUAGCACAGAGGCUUCUGUGCAGGCUUUGUACAGUAGAUUCUGGCAGAGGCAAUUCAGAGGCCUUCCUUUGGAGUUCUCACUGGGCCCCUCUGGAGGCUCGUAUUUCAUAGCCCUUGGGGGUUUUGUUACUCUUUCUUGCUGUGGAACUUAUUUGGGGCUCAGGUCUGGUUGCACCUCCUGACAGAGGCCCCUGUGCAGAUCUGCCCAGGCCCCUACCCAGCCACUUGACCUCCAGGCCCUCUGGUUACCGCAGGAGAGCGGGUGCCCUGAGUGCCUUCAGAAGGGAAGGCUGGAUUGGGCUGGCUUGUGCUCUGGCCCUUGGGCCCUUGCUGGUGCUGUUGGCUGGUGCUCUUAGCCUGAACCUAGAGAGGCUUCACCCCAAGGGUUCGGGUUGCCUUGCCUUCUCUGUUCCUGCUCCUUUUCUGGUAGAGUAGCCCCCCCCUGGCUUUGAGGUCAACACCUUCAAAUCCAGGUUCUACCACUUUGGACUUGGGUGACCUGGGCCAGUGAUUCAUUUCUGGGACUCUGUUCUCUUUGCAAAAUGUGAUAGUAACACCUUUCCUUCUAGACUUGGGGGGAGGACUCAGUGGGUCAUAUACUGAAGUGUUUAUAAAGGUACCUGGCACAGGGCAAGCAGGCUCUCAAUAAACAGUAGCUAUUAAUGGAUCCUGGCUUCAGCCUUCGCUCAGGGGCUGGGGGGUUGGAGUCGGUAGGUUUAUACACUUGGGGCUAGUUUGUUUACUAGAUGUUGGUGUUUCUAAUUGUGUGCUAAGCUCUGAUCUACUUGCCGAAGAUUUAGACCCAAAUCAAAGAGCCCCUGCCUUUGCCUGCCAGAGCUCAGACACUUCACCAAGGUCCUUCCUGUGGGACUAUCCCUCCCUCUCUCCAAGGGAAGUACCACCUAGCAGCAACGUAGAAGCUGCCUGCCACCCUGUGCUUGUGCUGGGCCUGUUCUGGGAGAGUUCUGGGCGCCCGUCUCUGGAGGAAUAGAGAGAGGCAGAUCAGGAGUGGUGCCGAGAAAAAUUUUCUUACUAGAUGACAUUUCAUCGCAAUGUCCGAUCGUUUGGGGCAACUAGCCAAGGGCAAGGAUGGGAAAAGCAAGUACUCGACGCUCAGCCUGUUUGAUAAGUAUAAAGGAAAGUCAGUAGACGUGAUCAGAUCCUCAGUUAUUCCUCGACAUGGCUUACAGAGUCUUGGGAAAGUUGCCACAGCCCGGCGGAUGCCGCCGCCCGCAAACCUGCCAAGCUUGAAGUCGGAAAACAAAGGAAACGACCCCAACAUCGUGAUAGUACCCAAGGACGGGACGGGAUGGGCAAACAAGCAGGACCAGCAAGACCCAAAGAGUUCCAGUGCGACGGUCUCACAGCCGCCGGAGUCGCUGCCGCAGCCGGGUUUGCAGAAAUCUGUCUCCAAUUUGCAGAAGCCGACGCAGUCAAUCAGCCAGGAGAAUACAAAUUCAGUGCCAGGUGGACCAAAGUCAUGGGCACAGCUGAAUGGAAAGCCAGCAGGACACGAAGGUGGUUUAAGGGGCUCAAGCCGACUACUAUCCUUCUCUCCCGAGGAAUUUCCGACGCUGAAAGCAGCUGGAGGGCAGGACAAGGCUGGCAAAGAAAAGGGCGUCUUAGAUCUGUCGUAUGGGCCAGGACCAAGCCUCCGCCCUCAGAAUGUGACAAGCUGGAGGGAGGGCGGUGGGCGAAACAUAAUUUCUGCCACGUCUCUGAGCGCCUCCCCAACUGAGCUGGGCAGCAGGAACUCGAGUGCGGGAGACGGAGCCCCCUCCUCGACAUGUACCAGCGAUUCUAAGGACCCCUCUCUACGCCCGGCUCAGCCUGUCCGAAAAGGGGCGUCACAGUUCAUGGGAAAUGUAUACCACCCACCUACAUACCAUGACAUGCUUCCUGCUUUUAUGUGCUCACCACAGUCACCAGAGAACCAGGGUCCAGUGGAACGAGGGUCCUUCCCCCUUCCUCAGCUCCGUCUUGAACCCCGAGUUCCUUUUAGACAGUUCCAGAUGAAUGAUCAGGAUGGGAAAGAGAGCAGGCUGGGCACGACUCGCCCCGUCCGGCCGCUGAGGCAGCUGGUGGAGCGGGCGCCCCGGCCCACCAUCGUCAACGCGGAAAACCUGAAGGGCCUCGAUGACCUGGACACCGAUGCCGACGAUGGCUGGGCUGGCCUUCAUGAGGAAGUGGACUAUUCCGAGAAACUGAAGUUCAGUGAUGACGAAGAGGAGGAAGAAGUGGUGAAGGAUGGCAGACCAGCAUGGAACAGCUGGGACCCUAGAAGGCAGCGGCAGCUGUCCCUGAGCUCUGCAGACAGUGCUGAUGCCAAGCGCACCCAGGAGGAAGGAAAGGACUGGGCUGAAACAGCAGGCAUGACCCGGGUGGCCCGGAAGGUGCCAGAACCUCAGCCACUUUCCAGGAAGAUUCACAGCUGGGCUGCAGGCCCUGAUUACCAGAAGUCCUCAGUGGGCGCCGUGUUCAGGCAACAGUCUGUAGAGGACAAAGAGGACAAGCCCCCACCACGGCAGAAGUUCAUCCAGUCUGAGAUGUCUGAGGCUGUGGAGCGAGCCCGGAAACGCCGGGAAGAGGAGGAGCGUCGAGCCCGGGAGGAGAGACUGGCUGCCUGCGCUGCCAAACUCAAACAGCUGGACCAAAAGUGCAAGCAGGCUCAGAGGGCCAGCGAGGCCCAGAAACAGAUGGAGAAGGAAGCCCCCCGAUCUCCAGUAACCGAGAAGCUGCCCCCACAAGAGAAUGGCCCUGCUGUGCGCAAAGGCUCCCCCGAGUUCGCUGCCCAGGAAGCCCCUAGCACGUUUGCUGAAGAAGCCCCUGCAGCUCCUCCUGCUGUGGCUCAGAGCAGUGGCAGUGAGGAGGGGGCCCCAGAGGCAGGGUCCCCUGCUCAGGAGCUCAGCAAGUACCAGAAGUCACUUCCUCCCAGAUUCCAGCGCCAGCAGCAGCAGCAACAGGAGCAGCUGUACAAGAUGCAGCACUGGCAGCCCGUGUACCCACCGCCCUCCCACCCGCAGCGCACCUUCUACCCACACCACCCCCAGAUGCUGGGCUUUGAUCCCCGGUGGAUGAUGAUGCCUUCCUACAUGGACCCGAGACUCACGCCCACUCGGACCCCCGUGGACUUCUACCCCUCAGCCCUGCACCCCUCGGGACUGAUGAAACCCAUGAUGCCCCCUCAAGAAUCCCUCGGUGGGACUGGCUGCCGCUCUGAAGAUCAGAACUGCAUCCCUCCGCUCCAAGAAAGAAAAGUGGCUGCCAUUGAUCCGGCCCCUGUGUGGAGCCCAGAGGGCUACCUGGCUCUGCAGAGCAAGGGCUACUCCCUCCCUCACCCCAAGUCCAGCGAUACCUUGGCCAUGGACAUGCAUGUCAGGAAUGAAUGCUCUUACUCUGCCUCACCCGGAAGGUCCGGGGGCGUAAGUGCCCAGCGCGAUCUCCUUGAGGAGAGAGGGGAGGAGUACUUGAGUGCUUUUGACAAGAAGGCCCAAGCAGACUUUGACAGCUGUGUCUCUUCUCAAAGAAUAGGCCAGGAGCUUUUGUUUCCACCCCAAGACAAUGUUCAGGAAGCAGGUGCUCCUGGGGGUCACACCCCAAACCUCCGGUGUUCCCCCCUGGAGCCUGACUUUGCCCCAGCUGAGAAAAAGCCAGAGUUUAGCAAUUGGGAUGUCAGCCACCCUCCAAAGGCCGCUGACACAGCCAGCAGUGUCGAGAAGGAGGCGCCCCGGGAGGGGUCAGCCUUUAACAGCUCCUGGGGGAAGGAGGGUAGCCCCAACCAACAGCCACCUGUGGAGCCGGAGUGGACUCCUGAGCCCCGGAGCUCCGGCAGCCAGCACCAGGAACAGACCGGCAGGACCCGGAGGUCAGGGCCCAUCAAGAAACCUGUCCUCAAGGCCCUCAAGGUGGAAGACAAGGAGAAAGAACUAGAGAAGAUCAAGCAGGAACUGGGGGAAGAGGGCGCCCGCCUGGCCAGGAACAAGGGGGCUCAUCAGGCAGAGGAGGACGAGGGUGAGGAGAACGACCCCACGCUGGCCAACACCCCCCCUUCCACCUCAGGGGGCCUGGGCCCUGCCCGUGCCGCCGCAGGGACAGAGGACAACAGGUCUGUGGAGGACGGCAGGCCCGAGAGGGCCUGGGAGACCAGAGCUUCCCGGGAGUCCAGCGACAUCCCCCCAACCAAGAGAAAUAACUGGAUCUUCAUCGAUGAGGAGCAGGCCUUUGGGUGCAGGGGCCCAGCCCGGAGCCGCGGCCGAGGCUUUAGAGAGUUUACUCUUCGUGGCCGGCCAGGUGGCGGCAGCAGCGGGCUCUGCAGCGGGGGGGUCCUUGGGGCUCGGGGCAUCUACAGCCAGAGGAGUGGCCGCGGCCGGGGUCUGCGUGACUUCAGUCAGCCCGAGGAGUUCCCCAGAGCCAAGCCCCGGCGGAGAGUGGCCAGUGAGACCCACAGCGAGGGCUCUGAGUAUGAAGAGCUGCCCAAGCGCCGACGGCAGAGGGGCUCGGAGGCCGGGCCUGAGGGCUCGCUCCCAGAGAGGGAGGAGGGCCCCGUCACAAAGGCAGACUUCCGAGACUCUUGGCGCUCCAACAGGAUGUACCCAGAGGACCACGGCAGUCUGGACGCUAAAAGCCGGGGCCCCCGGGCUUUUGGGCGCGCCCUGCCUCCCCGGCUGAGCCAUUGUGGCUACGGGCGGCGGACCUUCGUGUCCAAAGAGUCGGCUCACUGGCAGGGCAAGAGUGCCAGCACCUCCUGGCAGGAGCCCUGUGCCCCUGACUCGUGUGGGCCCCGGCGCCCCCCCGACAGAGACUAUACCCCAGACUCCUACAGACACACAGACUCUCUCGGUGCCCGGGCCUUCGAGGACAGCCGCCUGGAGGACAAGAGGUCCUUCUUCCCAGACGACCCGGCAGCAGAUCCUGAAAAUGCAGAGAACCGGCCCUUCCGGAGGAGGCGGCCCCCACGCCAGGACAAGCCUCCUCGCUUCCGGCGCCUCCGGCAGGAGCGUGAAGCCCUGGGCCUGUGGGAACCUGAGGACGAGUCCCACCUGCUGGCUGGUCAGUGGCUGGGCCGGGCCAAGCUCUGUCCUGGGGACAAGAGUGGUGCUGCGGGCCGCAGGUCGCCUGAGCUCUCCUACCAGAACUCCUCCGAUCACGCCAACGAGGAGUGGGAGACGGCGUCCGAGAGCAGCGACUUCAGCGAGCGGCGGGAGCGCCGAGAGGGCCCUGGAGCUGAGCCUGACGUGCCGCCCGACGGGAGCCUGCCUGGGGCCGGAGUGGGCGAGAAGAAGGAGUUGGCCAAGAGGAGCUUCUCCAGCCAGAGACCCCUGGUGGACAGGCAGAGCCGGAAGCUGGAGCCGGGAGGGUUUGGGGAGAAGUCUGUUAGGCCAGGUGGUGAUGAAACUUCUCCCCGUUUUGAGAGCCAACAGAACGGGACGCCUUUGAAAACAAAAAGGUCCCCAGAGGAGGCCUUGCCUGGAGGCCUUGGGGGCUGCAGUGGUGGGAGUGGUCAUUACCCCCUGGAGCGGGCAGCCCAUGGCAGCGUUGACAUCCCUGAAGCCGCUUGUGAGAAGGCAGAGAAGGGAGCCCAGCUGGCUGCGCAGAGGGCUGGCGAGCAGGGCGAGGCCAUGAAGCAGUUUGACCUCAAUUAUGGAAGUGCCAUCAUUGACAAUUGUGGGUCCAGCCCAGGGGAGGAGAGUGAGGUGGGCUCUAUGGUGGGCGAAGGCUUCAUCGAGGUCCUGACCAAGAAGCAGCGCCGCCUGCUGGAGGAAGAGAGGAGGAAGAAGGAGCAAGCUGUGCAGGUGCCUGUCAAAGGUCGAGGACUCUCCUCCCGUAUUCCUCCUCGGUUUGCUAAAAAGAACAAUCUGUGCCUGGAGCAAGGUGAUGUGGCUGUGCCUGGCAGCAGCCUAGGCACCGAGAUCUGGGAGAGCAGUAGCCAAGCCCUUCCUGUUCAGGCCACGACCAGCGAUGCUUGGACAAAAGCCGCCACUGCCUUCAACAGCACUGAAUCCGGCUCUGCGGAGCAGGGUUUCAAGAGCAGCCAGGGAGACAGUGGUGUUGACUUGAGCGCCGAAUCUCGAGAGUCGUCAGCCACCUCCUCGCAGCGCAGCUCUCCGUACGGCACGCUGAAGCCGGAGGAGAUGGCCGGGCCCGGCCUGGAGCCCAAGGCGGACAGCCACAAGGAGCAGGCUCAGAAGCAGCCUGAGCCAAAGGAUUCAGAUCAAGGCUCAGCCCAGAGCAAGGAGCACAGGCCAGGACCCAUCGGCAAUGAGCGUUCUCUGAAAAACAGAAAGGGCUCUGAGGGCGCCGAGCGUCUGCAAGGACCCGCUGUCCCACCGGUCAACGGGGUAGAGAUCCAUGUGGACCCCGUGCUGCCGGUGCCGCCCAUCGAAUUUGGAGUCAAUCCAAAAGACUCGGAUUUCAGCUUGCCGCCUGGCUCUGCCUCUGGUCCUGCGGGGAAUCCAGUUGUCAAACUUCAGGACGCCUUGGCCAGUAACGCCGGGCUGACGCAGAGCAUCCCCAUCCUCCGGCGUGACCAUCAUAUGCCGCGCGCCAUCGGCCUCUCCCAGAUGUCCUUCCCCACUGCCGACCUCACUCUGAAGAUGGAGUCUGCGCGUAAAGCGUGGGAGAACUCGCCCAGCUUGCCUGAGCAGAGCUCUCCGGGGGGCACUGGCUCCGGCAUCCAGCCCCCCUCCUCCGUGGGAGCCUCCAGCGGAGUCAACUACAGCUCCUUCGGGGGAGUGUCCAUGCCGCCCAUGCCUGUGGCCUCUGUGGCACCUUCUGCUUCUCUUCCAGGUAACCACCUGCCACCUCUGUACCUGGAUGGCCACGUGUUUGCAAGUCAGCCCCGGCUGGUUCCUCAAACGAUACCUCAGCAGCAGAGUUUCCAACAGGCUGCGGCUGCCCAGCAGAUCCCCAUUUCCCUGCACACGUCUCUGCAGGCUCAGGCCCAGCUUGGACUGAGGGGCGGGCUGCCUGCCUCCCAGUCUCAGGAGAUCUUCAGCUCCUUGCAGCCCUUCAGGUCUCAGGUGUACAUGCACCCCAGCCUGUCACCGCCCAGCACCAUGAUCCUCUCGGGAGGCACGGCUCUGAAGCCCCCGUACUCGGCGUUCCCGGGCAUGCAGCCCUUGGAGAUGGUGAAACCCCAGUCGGGCUCGCCCUACCAGCCCCUGAGCGGGAGCCAGGCCCUGGUCUAUGAGGGGCAGCUUGGCCAGGCUGCCGGCCUGGGUGCCUCCCAGAUGCUGGACUCACAGCUCCCACAGCUGACCAUGCCGCUACCUGGCUCCCAGCUGCCUCUGCCUCGGUACGGCUCCGGGCAGCAGCCCCUGAUUCUGCCACAGUCCAUUCAGCUGCCACAGGGGCAGAGCCUAUCUGUCGGGGCCCCCCGAAGAAUCCUUCCACCUGGGUCCCAGCCUUCAGUCCUUAACACCAGCAGAGAGUCCUCUCAGAUGGAGAUGAAGGGCUUCCACUUUGCCGACAGUAAACAGAAUGUUCCUUCAGGAGGCUCCGUGCCAUCACCACAGACCUACAGGCCUAGCUCUGCUAGCCCCAGUGGGAAGCCCUCUGGACCAGCAGUUAACAUGGGCUCUGUGCAGGGACACUGCGUUCAACAGGCAAAACGAGUGGAUGAAAAACCCAGCCUGGGAGCCGUGAAACUGCAGGAGGCCCCAUCAGCUGCCUCCCAGAUGAAGCGAACCGGAGCGAUCAAGCCUCGUGCAGUGAAAGUGGAGGAGAGCAAGGCCUGAGGUGCUGGGCCGCCCCUCGCCCCGCCUCGCCCCGGGAUAGUGCAGCCAGCCGGAGGCUCGGGAACCUCGCGGGACCCUCCAUCCAACCACCUGGCCGGGACUGAGAGACCUCCCUUCUCUGUCCGCUCCUGAAAGUCCAUUGUUCAGCCAGCUUGCACCCGUGGAUGUACGGCAUUGACCUGCUCGCUUUACUCUGAAACAAACAAGCAAUCGACUCCGUUCCCAUCUCCUCCUGGCCACCGGGACUGGCCCGACGACCUCUGCAGGGGGGCCCGCCCGCCCCCACCCCGCGCCGGGAAAGGGCUGGCCCCGGCGGUCCUUCCCUCCCGCCCGCCUCCGGUCCCCGGGCACGGCGGGUUGGCGGCAGGGUCGUUUUAGUUCGAGGCUUUUUGUUUUAAAAAGCAGCCAAGGUUUUUACCAAGGGGAAAGGAAAACAAAAACACAAGCUCUGUCUGUAUCGCAGAACUCUGUUCUUCGCCGCCUCACUGCACCCCAGCUGCUCCUCUCGUUCUCUUGAGCCUCUCUCCGGGUCGCCCGGUCCUCCACCGCAACAGCCGAAGAGAGGACUAGGAAAGCGCCCCUCCUGCGCGCUCGGCUGGCUAACCUCCCAGGCACCUGGCAAAAGGCAGGGGUGCUGGCUCAGGCCUAUGCCCGGCUCCCGCCCCUCCCCCCGCCCCAGCCUGUGUCAGCUGCAUGCUCAGAGCUGCGAGGCGCAGGGCAGGUGUCUGGCGUCCCAGUGGGGUUCCCGCAGCUUGGUGGCACCUCAGAGCUUGUGGCCGCCUGGUGAAGAAGAUUGUUGGCCUGAGAAUUCCCACCCUGGACUCUGGGAAAGCCCGUGGACACGCGACCACUGUGCCCGAGGUGAAUCACUGGUGUUUUCCCGUUGUCCUGGACAACAUGAGCUGGCGCCCCAGAGGCCUAUCUAGUUCUGGGGUUCCCGUGACACACCCUUCUCCCUGAGCCUGACCCCUUGGGCAGGCGGCUCGUGUGGAGAGCACGUGGGGACGGGAUGUGGGCAGGGUCCUGGUUGGCAUGUGGGAAGGCCUGUGGUCUGGAGGGCGCUGGGAGAGCUCCCCUUUCCUCCUCUUUAAGAGCUCCCAGCAGCUGGUCCCUAGUUGUGGGGACAGAGGUCCCAUGCUGGGCAGCAGGGCAGACGGCAAGGCCCAUGCAGCCUGGGCAGGCCCCCUCUAGCCACGUGUGUGUGUGAGCCAUUUCAUGCUGGCGCUGGCUUGUAUUUUUAAAUUAGAAAUAGAAGGAAAUCAUCCCAGGUUCGGUCACUUCCAGGAGGUGAGGAAAGUGGCGGGUCUUGCUGGUGCUCUUUAUAGUCGCAACCAGACAUGACCUAGAGCGCGCUGCCUGCACUUCCGGGGGUUCUGGGAAGACCUGGACAGAGGAGCAGCAGCUGCAGUUCUGGCUCUUUAGCUCUGCAGACCUGGGAAACACGCGCCUUGGGGGCACUGACAUCACUUCCUGUCAUUGUCCUUUGCUGCUUUAAGGAGCGAGCACCCACAUCCACUGCAGGUGUCAUCUGAAGAAGGGCUUGCUCCCUGAGGAGAUGCUUUCUUCUUUGACCGAUGGCUUGCCUUCCCUCACACCUUCUCUUUGUUUUAAAACUUUUUAUCCCAAAUCAUUACUCUGAGGUCCCUUCUCAAAGGAAGGGGACCUCACUCCCUUGCCCACGUGCUCACCUGCUUCCCCCCCCCCCCGCCAGCGCCUGCCUGCUGCCCCUCGGAGGCCCCCUCUCCCCACUGUUGCCUGUACCCUAGAAACAGCCAGGCCGGCUCACCCACUCCCAGGAACAGGAGCAGUCAAAGGAAAACCAGUUUCUUCAUUUUGAAAUUCAACAGAACAGUCCCGGAUGCUGUUACAAACUCCAGAUCUGCCCAUCAGAUGAAGCUGCCGUCAAGAGGGACAGCACUUCCUGCGUGAGGGGAAAAAAGGGUCCUCUUUUCUAGUCCCUUCUACCCUGGAUCUACCCCCGCCCCCAAUAAAAACAGAAAACACUAGAAUUUAUUUAUAUGUAUUGAUGUUGUAGGUCUAGGUGGAAAAAAAGUAAAUGUUUCACUGCUCUAUUUAUAUAUAAUGUCUGGAUUAUUCUGUGCAGGAAAGGCCAGGAAAUUGCAUGUGAAGUUGAGUGCGAUCACCACCUGUGUGUGCCCACGCUGCGGUCUCCUUCCCGCUAAGAUACAGAUUUUGAAUUGAACUUGAGGGGCAGAGGGCUGUCCUGGGCCCUGCCUGCACCCCAACCUUUCCUUGGUCUGAUUAAAUGCAGUUUUUAGUGCAGAGAUGUUUUUAAGGUGCAAUAUCCUCUUCCUUUCAUGUGGUUUUAGAGUCAAGCGCCAAGUAAUAGGAGGUAGGGUCUUAUUUUGGUUUUAGCCCCAUCCUUGGGAGGGGGCAAAGCCCCACAGAGAGUUGGCCUGACUGCUGUGGGGCCUUCAGCCGGCACAGGUGAAGACCAGCACCCGACCUUUGCUGCUGUCCCGGCUGGUGAGGGGUCAGCACUGCUGCCCGCCAAACGUGCCCUCCCGCCCGCAUGCUGGCAGCUUCGCCCUGGCCAGUGGCCCUGCAGCAGUGUCCAGUGUCGCUGCUCAGUGGGUGCCAUCCCGGAGCAUGGGGCCGUGUGUGAGCAGUGGCAUCAGCCCGCUGAAGACUUACCUGCCGGCUGCAUUGGGUCUGGUUACUGUCCCUUCCCCUUUGUCUACAUUACUGUUUUCAGACUUGGGACUAAAAACUCUGGGCUCUCUAGGUCCCUUCAGGAGUCAGACAAAGGAUGAUUCUAUUACACGUUUAGGAAAAAGGGUUGGUUGAGUCCUAACGGCAGGCCACGGCCACGUCCGGGGAUAUUUGAAUGUCUAGAUACUGGCACAGGUUCUCUCCAGCUAGGCCCUCGCCCUCCUGUCUUCUGGAUCUGCCUUCUAGACGGUUACUGCCGAGGUCUGUGACUGAGGCUGAGAGCCAAGGAGCUGCGGCGUGCCCGUGUGCAGGCGUGUUCGGAACUGGUCCACGUGGCAGCUGGUGGCAAACUGGCAAGCCCGACCUGCUGUCUGGUCCUCUACCCUGGCCGAGGAGCUGCAUGUUGCUGCGCAAAUCUGUAUUUGUCCCUCUUCACUUCUGCACAGCAAGCCCGAGUUAGAAGCUCUGUUGGAAACAGCCAUCCUCCGCCAGGGACUAUGUCACGAAUGGGUGGCGCAGACUCCAGAAAGCCGGCUCUUCCCGAGUGAAGUGUGGCGCGCGCCUGACACGGAGCGCAUCGGGCAGAGCCGCUGGUGCCGGGCACAGAUACCGUCAGGCCCCAGCCCCUGGCCCCCGGGACCACCAGGGCGUGCCGCCUGCUGCUCAGUGUCCGCCCUGACUGGGUGGCGGGGCACCCUCCCAGGCUGGAGGUGUCCCCCUCCUCGGGGCCCUGGCUUCGGGUCGUUCAGAAGCCUCUGAGCGGAACCUCUUCGGGCUCCGUGGGGGUGGCUUCGCCGUGGAAGGGGACGCUUUCCCCUGACCUUCCGACCUCAUGCCUUGCAUAGUAGAAAGGGUCUGGGGAGUUUCGGUUGCUGUUCCUGAGGGUUGUGUCUUGUUUUUGUUUGCUUUUAUUUUUAUUUCGGCCUUUCCCUCUGUCUUCAUGUAGACCAGAUAUUUGAAAGGGCAGACGAUGGCUAGCGGUGUAACGUGCAGCUUGUUUCUACAUGACUUGGGGAAACUCCCCCUGGGCGGGGAGUCGGGUGGUGGCGCCCCCGCCCGGCCCGCCUCGCUGGGGCCCCACUAUUGUUUCUCCUUUCAGAUAUGUGACUGUACUAGCUCUUUCCAUACGAAAGAAUUCUCCUUAUUUAAAUAAAAAAAAAGAAAAAACCACCACGGAGCGGAACAUGCGUUCUUC